GUUCCUCUUUCAUAGACAUGGAUGACUCCCUAUGGGCCAGGACAUAAAAACCACAGAACCAAGUCUUCAUACAGCCAGUGUUCAGGCAAACACAUCACGGGACUAACUUUCACUGAACAGGAGAAGAUAUAAGGCCUUAGUGGGAGUUGGCUGUAAAAGCAAUCACGGACACAGAGUACCCAUGGCAUCGACACACUCUAACCUCUCAAUGGCCACCAACUCGUCAGAAGAUCUAAUGAUCAAUUCUUCCUCAUGUGAUUCCAUCUCCCCCUCGCUGCAUCAGAACAAGCUGAUCCCCACCAUCUACAGUGUCAUCUUUGUCCUUGGUUUCGUGGGCAAUAUCUUGGUGGUGUUUGUGUUAUGUCAAAAGUCCAACCGUAAAACAGUGGCCAACACUUACAUUGUAAACUUGGCCCUCUCAGAUCUGUUGUUCCUGAUCAGCCUGCCUUUCUGGGCAGUCUACUACUCCUUUGACUACAACUGGGUGUUUGGUGGGCUGAUGUGUAAGCUGUGUGGCUGCCUCCUCUCCCUGAACGUCUACGCCAGCAUCUACUUCAUCACCUGUAUGAGUGUGGACCGAUACAGAGCCAUUGUCUAUCCCCUCCAGUCUCAGUGCAGCAGGAACCUGUGUCGUGCGCGAGUGGUCAGCGGUGUGAUCUGGACCAUCGCCGGCCUCAUGACCAUCCCCACCAUGGCCUUCCGAGACACCUACCACCUGAAGGAGCUGAGGGUCACGGCCUGCGUCCUCAUCUACCCACCUACCCAGCCCUACUGGUUCCCAGGCCUGGCCCUGACCAAGAAUAUCCUGGCCUUCUUGGUGCCUUUCACAGUCAUCGCCAGCUGCUACUGCCGCAUCGGGAAGCACCUCCUGGGGGGACAGCCCAGCCUGGACAAGAGUUCCAGCAACCUGGACCGCGUAAUGAAGAUGGUGGUGGCUGUGGUGCUGGCCUUCUUCGUCUGCUGGUUCCCCUUCCACGUGCUGACCUUCCUGGACGUCCUGAGCACCCUGGGGGUGAUGCACAGCUGUUGGGUGCGCCAGGCCAUCAUUACCCUGAUGCCCUUCACCCUAUGCCUGGGCUUCUCCAACAGCGCCAUCAACCCUUUCCUCUACUGCUUUGUGGGGAACCACUUCCGGGAGCAGCUGUGGCGGCUGUACGAGGAGAAGGCUCCCAGGCUGUCCCAAAAGAGAGACUCCAUCAGCACCAGGCUCAGCUCCUUCUCCAGGAAGCUCAGCGACCUCAAGGACACAGGGCCACUGGAGACUCUGGACCAACACAGUAGGGGCCCCUAGUCUAGGGAGGUUACAUGGCAGGACUAUGAGAGGCCUGUCUGUCAGAUGUGUAACAGUUGACACCGGGGAUCCUGACUGACCCCCAGGCCUAGUCUCCAGGGGACGUUAACCCCCCUAUCUACUCCUAAUUAGGGACAACCUGCAGGCUGGACAGAGGGAAUAUAAACAUAGAUUUAAAUGUCAGUUUAACAUCCCAUGCCACCAAGCUCAUGUUAAGGGGAAGGGAUAUUAUAUCACCAAAUCUACAGUAUAUGUGCUGGGUAAACCUGUCAUGUUUUCUGAGAUACACAGGUCAGUGUGAUAAUAAGUGUGUGAAAUAUACAACUACAGUGUAUGUGCCUUUGUACUAGUUACAAUAAUGUAAUAUGUGUAUGUUGUUUUUAUUGUAUAUAAGUAACAAAAAUGUCAAUGAACACAGAGCCUUCUAAACGGCAAGAAAAGGUCCAUGCAAACAUCUACUGUGAACUGUAUAAUUUGUGUCUCUUGAACCAUAAUUAACAUUGUAUUGUGUCAAAUGUACAACCCUUAUCAAGAUAUGCUAUGAAUUAUAUGUUUUCCAGUCACUCUUCAUUUGAUAUAACAGAAUAAUGAAAGCCAGACAGUAAUGGUAGUCUUCUUAGUGUGAAAACAAAACAUAUAUUCAGUUAAGGUCAUGCUCAAGUUGAACAUGGGAAAGCCAGGAGUUGAGUUUUCAUCACAUUGUAGUAAUUUGAACAUGCAUUUGAUUGUUUGUCAUACAAUCAAAACUUGCUGUUUUUUUCUCCUGACAUUUCUGUUUGCAACAGUAAUGGAGACAAGGACAUAGACUGAGUAACAAGCAUUGAUAUAGGCAGUUCUACUGCCACUCUGUGGCUGGGUUUGAUAAAUGCAGGUGCAAAGGAAUUCUCUCUGAUUGAUAAUUGCGUAGUUUUUACUUCAAAUUGUAGUUUUAGUUAUUAAAACUCAUCCAGACCCAUCAUAUUAUCAACUAAUAUGGUCUGAAUAUUACAAUGAACAGAAUAGUGAAAAACAAAUCAAGGUGACGUUCAUGUAAAUACUGGUACUGUACUUCAAUACUGUUUCCUGAAGUGUUUUCCUAAUGACCAGAGAGUACAGAUGUAGGAUCUUAAUUGGAUCACCGUGUUGCAUGAGAAUGUAUAGUGUAUUGGACAUAUUUGAGGUUUAAGAAGGCUUCUGAAGUUUGUAAUUUCCACUUUGAAAUUUCAGAUUGAUUUUCCCUUUCUAAAAAUGUGUCAACCCCUGCAAUCUUCUUUUCAUGAAUUAGAAUUCACAUUUCCUGUUGCUGCAGGAUUAUUUUCCUGCUGUAGCAAACUGGCUCAAAUUAAGAUCCUACAUCUGUAAGCCUAUGUGUGAUCUUUUCUUUCCUCUUAGAAUAUAUGAUUUCCUGUAGAUGCUACCGUACUGUAAAUACUACCAUACCGAUUGUGUGUCA